UUUAGAAAGCGCUCAUGAAGCGCUUCGUCUGUUGAACGUACGCUGUAGAUGAAAGCCAACCCUUACCGGUACUUGAGGUGCAGCCAGAGCUUUGUUUACGACUGAACCAAAAGGAUCGAUAUGGACGGAAAUGAUGUCGUACCACUUGUUAAAAUAGAACCAAAACAAGAACAAGAAAUCCAGUCCGAUCUUCAAGAUAACAUUGUAGUAAGCAACGAAGCCUUGAUUACAAUAAAGGACGAAAUUAUCAUUACUGCACAGUGCUCCAAAUGGCUCGAUAAUGAAGCACAACAAACUGAUUGUGGAUGGGAUAUUAAGACCGAGAUUAAAACUCAAAUUUCUAACGAUUUUAAAUGUGACUUUAGUCAACACACAACAAAUAGCAAGCUGCAAAUUAAACAACAUCUUUUAAAGCCAAAUGUUUCAAAAGGCUUUAACUGUGCUCAUUGUGAUUAUGGAACAAAGAACAAACGAUAUCUUAAACGACACCUUUUAAAACAUAUCGAUUCUAAAGAAUUUAAAUGUGCUAGUUGUGGUUACCAAACGAAUGAUAAAUACCACUUUAAUGAACACCUUUUAAGACAUAAAGUUUCUAAAGAUUUUAAAUGUGCCCAUUGCGAUUAUGGAACAAAUAAACAACGAUGUCUUAAACAACACCUUUUAAAACACAGCGAUUUUAAAGACUUUAAAUGUGCUUAUUGUGAUUACAAGACAAACAUCAAAUACUGCUUAAAACGACACAUUUUAAAACAUAUCGACUCUAAACCUUUUAAAUGUGCUUAUUGUGAUUACGGGACAAAUAUCAAAUGCUACUUUAAACAGCAUCUUUUAACACAUAACGAUUCUAAAGAUUUUAAAUGUGCCCAUUGCGAUUAUAGAACAAAUAUUAAACGAUAUCUAAAGGUGCACUUUUUAACGCACAAACUUUCUAGUAAUGUACAUGCGCUCAAAUGCACUAAUUGUAAUUAUGAGACAAAUAACAAACGCUACUUUAAAAAUCACGUUUUAAAACAUAAAGUAUCUAAAGAUUUUAAAUGUGCUCAUUGCGAUUAUGAGACACAUAUCAAAUGCUGUCUUAAAAAACACCUUGUAAGGCACACAAACCGUUUUUACAAGGAACACAAUGCUUGGUAACUUAAUUAUUCAUUCUUGGGUGUGUGGCUUUAUGAGAGAGGUCUUUGUGUCCUAAUUUACGUAAAUAACAUUUAAGAAUAUGCAUAGUACUUAAUACGUUUGUAAUUUUCAUCUCCAACCUUUGGCUGUUUUUAUUGUAAAAUAUAUUGCGAGCGUCAGUUCACGCCAGAUCUAAUUAAAUGAAAA